UAUGCAAGAUUCUUUAAACUCAAGUUUCGAUUCUCUAGAAUUGGAAAUAUAUCAUAAACCAAAUCCUCAAAUAAAAUCUAUACUAGAUUAUUUACGUAGUUAAAGAGUUCACUUCUGUACCGAUCCAAAAAAAAAAUAAAAUAACUAUUAUUCAAGUUCAACUGGAUCUCUUGAUUCUUUCUCAUUAAAGAAAAAUAAAUUUUACCAGAAAUCCAAAUCCAACACCUCGAUUGAAAAUCAUGAAAAUUGA